CAAAGCCCGCACGGGAUCCAACGUGGAAGCAGCAUAAUUCUCGAAUGACGAAAAGAAUCCUCCGGGUGUGUCAUGGAGCCUGGAGACAGAGCAGGAGGUACCUGUCGUAACGACGAUGAUUAUCCAAGCAGCUUUCCGUCCGCCGUUCAGUUCAGCGCGGAGGACAGCUUGCACUUCUGCGCUGAAUCGUUCCGGAGCUAAAUCGCAGCUGGUGGAUAGGAGCCGAAGGCUUUUUGACGAGGAUUUCGUGCCCACACUUUCUUCACGUGGAGGACGAAGAGAGUUGCUGAGGAAUGAGGGAGUCUCUGAUAGAAAACCAUCGAUCCUAGUUCGAUUUAAAGGCGUGGACGAAAUGACCCGAGAAGAGGAUGGCAGAAGUGGGGCAGCUGAAAUCAAAAGAGUUCUUGUGAUCGGCGCUGGUGCGGCUGGUCUCGCUGCAGCAGUCGAACUUGCUCGUGAAGGACAUGAUGUGGUUGUUUAUGAAAAAUCCUCGGAGAUUGGUGGUGUUUGGAAUUACACUCCAGAUGCUGAUUCUGAUCCUCUAAGUAUUGAUCCCCAGAGGAAACGGGUGCACAGCAGUAUGUAUGCAUCAUUGCGCACCAACUUACCUCGCGAAUUGAUGGGCUUUUUGGACUUUCCUUUUCUUGCUAAAGAAGGAAGAGACAAGCGACGGUAUCCAGGCUAUGAAGAGGUGAAUUCUUAUCUAAGAGAUUUUGCCGAGCAUCAUGAUCUGCUGAGCUUGAUUGAGUUCGGUGUGGAGGUCGAAAAUGUGAGAUUGAAGAAGGCCGGAAAUGGGAACUCAGCGUCCGAGAGUAGAGACCUGAAGUGGAUUGUCCGAUCCAACAGAUUUGGCAAAUUCAAUCACGAGCCACAAACGAAGGAAGACGUUUUUGAUGCAGUGGUAAUUUGUAAUGGCCAUUAUGCUGAACCUAAGCUAAUUAACAUUCCUGGUGUAGAGAGCUGGCCUGGGUUUCAAAUGCACAGUCACAAUUACAGAGUUCCGGAAUCUUUCCAAGACAAGAUUAUCGUAAUAAUAGGCAAUGCAAAUAGUGGUGGAGACAUUUCAAAAGAACUGGCUGAAGUGGCCAAAGAAGUUCAUGUAUGUGGUCGAAGAUGGCCUGAAACUGCUCAAAUCAAACAACAAGGAAACAUAUGGCUUCAUCCCUUGGUCGAACGGGCUUGUGAAGAUGGAACUGUUAAGUUUCAAGAUGGUAAAUCUACCAGAGCUGAUGUAAUCUUGCACUGCACGGGGUACUUGUAUUCCUUCCCGUUUCUAGAUACGGAAGGCGUGGUCACUGUGAAAGAUGGACGAAUAGAUCCUCUUUACAAGCAUGUCUUCGUUCCAGCCUUCGGUCCGACGCUUUCAUUUGUAGGCCUUCCUCAGAAGAUAGUACCUUUCCCGUUAUUUCAAGCACAGUCGAAGUGGAUUUCGAAGUUGCUCUCUGGAAAAGUAAAACUGCCGUCUGAAAGCACCAUGAUGUCGGACUUGAAACAGUUCUACGAUGAACUUGAAGCCAAUGGCAUUACGACUUACAACACUCACACCAUGUUUAAAAGAGAUCAGUUUGUCUAUUGUGACUGGAUACUGGAACAGUGUGGAGCUCAGCCGCUGGACUCUUGGAGAGAAGCAAUAUACUUUUCUGCUCACGCAAACAAAGGAACCAGUACUAAUUAUCGGGAUGAUUGGAAAGAUCAGGAUCUACUAGAUACCGCAACAAAAUCCUUGGUGGAGCUUUCAGAAAGGCUAUCACUGCAAGUCAAAUAGGUCGAAGACCUUUCUCGACCUGCACUUGAAGUAUGGAGAGGCUGAUUUGAUUUUCAAUUCUACGUAUGUGGAGCAGAUCAAGAAGCCAAGAGCAUUGUCAGACGAUCUCUCAUCUGCUCUUUGAGCUAUGUACAGUAGGACCUAUGAAACUUGAAGUUUAGAGUGUUGACCUUUGACUGGAAUUUGAAAUGUAUGAUCAGUUUCGGAUGUUGUAGAAAAUCAUUUUUAGCCAAUAAACUGGCAUGUCUUGCAACGAACUUUUUGACCAGAUUGAAGAAUACUGCACAAGGAUACAUUGUUAUUAUUUUUAAUGACAAUAAAUAGUAGGGAUUAAAUAGCGAGAUGAAAUCUCA